CACAUGACCUUUGAGGAACGUGGGCGUGUUUGGCUUUGCACACCCCCUUGAACGAUGUCAAAGCCUCAGUCCCCUGGGGGUUUCUCUCGGCUUUUUAAAUUAAGGGACUCUUCUGGGACGCCUAAUGACCCAUCACAUGCACUACCCCGCCCUGUUCCCGAUAUCCAGGUCACUCCUCCAACGGCGGGCGGAACAGCUCGCAGAGAUCAUGAUAGAUACGAGGAAUCUCGUGUUGGGCUUCCUACUACCACAAUCAAUAGUAGCUCGAGAGCUAAGCCUUUUUGGGGACACAUCAUGCCUAAGCUGCCGUGGAGGAAUGCCGAUCGACCGGGCACAUCCAACCACAGACAAUCUGCGCCCCUUCAGCCAUCCCCUACCGGUUUGCCUGUAUCUCCUCCCCGUUCCAAAAGGAACACCAACACACCCAGCGAACGCACCAUCCAUGACAAUGCUGGUGACAGAAGGAAAACAAUCAUCAAGGCCACGAAGAUUGUCCUACAGACUGCUGCCUCUGCCCUUAAGUUCUCUCCCAUUCCAAAUCUCGACCAGAUACCGAAUAUGCUCCUAGCAUGGCUCCAAAUUUAUGAGACCAUUGCCGACAAUGACGAAAAUCUUAAAGAAUUGGAUGGUGAGGUUCGGAAAGCUCGUGAAACGAUCUUCCAACCUCUUCAAUUAUGGAACGGCCCGAUUCCUCCCGAAAUAGAUGACCUGAUACGACAGUUCACCUUCAAUUAGAAAAAAUCCAAUCACUGGAACGUCGAAAACUUGCCAAGAAAGUCAUCCAAGCAACUGAGACCGCGCAAGAAAUAAGCAACGUUGCUGCGACAACACU